ACUGUUCCUUAAUUUGAAAGAUAACAUCUUGCCUUUUACAUCAUCUCUCUUCUUACUUCACCUCACUAGAUCUCCACUACUCUCGUCCCCUGUCCCACGCUCGCUUUCCUCUGCUUCACGGUAUUUCGAGUAUUCCUUCUGUAAUCUACUAGCUUUUGCAAAUUAUGAUAGGUGAAAUUUGAUUGCUUGGAAAUGGCUGCUAAACCAGCUAUAAUUGCAUUGUUUGAUGUUGAUGGCACACUUACGGCUCCCAGGAAGGAGGUAACACCUCAAAUGUUGAAAUUCAUGAAAGAAUUGCGCAAGGUUGUUCCUAUUGGUGUUGUUGGAGGAUCUGACCUAAUUAAGAUAUCAGAGCAACUUGGAAAGACAGUUAUUGGUGACUAUGAUUAUGUUUUCGCGGAGAAUGGACUUGUUGCUUAUAAAGACGGUGCAGAGAUUGGCAUCAUGAGCUUGAAGAAUCAUCUUGGAGAAGAAAAGCUUAAGGAGUUCAUCAAUUUUACACUUAAGUACAUCGCAGACCUGGAUAUUCCUAUCAAAAGGGGAACAUUCAUUGAGUUUCGAAAUGGUAUGCUUAAUGUUUCACCUAUUGGGAGAAAUUGUAGCCAAGAAGAAAGAGAUGAGUUUGAAAAGUAUGAUAAGGUCCACAAGGUACGUGCAACUAUGGUGUCUUUGUUGCGAGAGAAAUUUGGUCACUUUAACCUGACAUUUUCGGUAGGAGGACAAAUAAGCUUUGAUGUUUUUCCUCGUGGUUGGGAUAAGACCUAUUGUUUACGAUACCUUGAGGCGUUCAAUGAGAUUCACUUUUUUGGUGACAAAACUUUUGAGGGUGGAAAUGAUUAUGAAAUUUUUGCAUCAGAGAAGACCAUAGGUCAUACAGUUACCAGUCCCGAGGAUACGAUGAAACAGUGCACAGAGAUUUUUCUUAACAAGGCAAAUUGAGAUCUGCUUUCCAGUUGCACAUUGUUUGACACUGGUCCUUUAAGGCAAAUUGUACACCAAAUUUAUACUGAAUGUGAAAUUAAACAAGGGAAGUAUUCCUCCUAAAAGAACUCUGUUAUUUGUAUACCUAAACUUGGUUAUUUAUGGAGGAGGGAAAAUUUUUCUAGUGAGUGACGUUACAGGGUUAUGCAAUCAUUGACGUUGAUUACAUUGUAAUUUUAAGUUGCUAAAGGAAUAAAGGAGAACACAUUUUUUCUACUA